UACUCUAUGAGUGAAUGAGUGAAUAGAUAGUGAAGAAUAAUAAUGGAUGAUUCCAGAGAGCUGUUUCCCAUCGGAAUGCGUAUUCUUGCAGUUGACCAUGAUCCCUCUAGCCUUCAAGUUUUAGAAACUCUUCUCCAAACAUAUCAAUACCAUGUAACCACGACUAAUCAAGCAAUAACGGCAUUGGCUAUGUUGCAAGAAAACCAAGACAACUUUGACCUGGUAAUCAUUGAUGUGAACAUACCAGACAUGGAUGCAUUUAAGUUUCUUGAACUUGUAGGACUUGAGAUGGACCUUCCUGUCAUAAUGUUGUCUGUAUGCGGUGAUACAAAUCUGCUGAUGAAAGGAAUUUCCCACGGUGCAUGUGAUUAUCUGCUAAAACCUGUGAGAUUAGAGGAGCUAAGGAACAUUUGGCAGCAUGUAGUUAGGAGGAACAGGUCCGGAGUUGUUUGGUCUGUCGAGUUGCAUCGCAAUUUUGUCGCUGCUAUUAAUCACCUAGGCAUUGACAAGGCUGUACCCAAAAAAGUUCUGGAUACGAUGAAUGUCGAAAAUAUUACAAGGGAGAACGUAGCUAGUCAUCUCCAGAAGUAUAGACCUUAUCUGAAAAGAAUUAGCUGUGUUACAAACCAACAAGCUAGUAUGGUGCCAAGUAUUUUCUGAAAACUAAUGAGCAUUUUUCCAUAGAUGAUGAUUAUGUAGGAUGUGGUGGAUGGGAAGCUUGGUUGAAACUGCUUUGCUGGUAAUGACUAAUGAGAUUGAGGUUGCUUUGUUGGUAAUGAGGCUGUGGUGCAUGUACUUUGUUUCCUUAUUUAUUUUAAUUUUUGACUUUUGUUAGGGUUGUAGUUUGUAUCUCAGACUUGUUUGUUGUAAAAUUAUGUUCAAGUGUCCUUUGGGUUGUGUAUGCUUUAUGCUUAAAGAACUACAUAUCACUCAAUCUAAUAUCUUUAAUA